CGAAGGACGCCUUAGACAAAUCAAGCAAAGAGGACAUGCACGACUCAGUCAUGACCUAGCUUGGGUGGCACUAAAGGUCACCUAGUAGCAACCAAAGAGCACUACAGCUUCUGAGGCUUGACCGCUCCGCGCUGGUUAAAGGAGGUUCCGCUCCAUCAUGCUCCGCCCCGUCCCGCACAGGAGCCUAUAAACGGCCCCAUCCUGGGUCAGGGGGCGGGCAGAGAUUUUCUAUUGGCCAGUUCUCCGGAAGCGAUGGGAUUCGGAACCUCGCACAAGUCGGGUAGUCCGGAGGCCGCAGGUUGUAGGCUCCCCGUGGAGGCCGGGAUGUUCGUCCUGGUGGAGAUGGUGGACACGGUGCGAAUCCCCCCGUGGCAGUUUGACAGGAAGCUCAAUGACUCCAUUGCCGAGGAGCUGAACAAGAAAUUGGCCAACAAGGUCGUGUACAACGUGGGACUCUGCAUUUGCCUGUUCGACAUCACCAGGCUGGAGGACUCCUAUGUGUUCCCAGGGGAUGGCGCGUCCCACACCAAAGUCCACUUCCGCUACGUGGUGUUCCACCCGUUCCUGGAUGAGAUUCUGAUCGGGAAGAUCAAGGGCUGCAGCCCAGAAGGGGUGCACGUCUCCUUAGGGUUCUUCGAUGACAUCCUCAUCCCCCCCGAGUCACUGCAGCAGCCUGCCAAGUUCGAUGAGGCGGAGCAGGUGUGGGUGUGGGAGUACGAGACGGAAGAGGGUGCGCACGACCUGUACAUGGACACCGGCGAGGAGAUCCGCUUCCGGGUGGUGGAUGAGAGCUUCGUGGACACGUCGCCCACCGGGCCCAGGUCGGCCGAGGUCGCUGCUGCCAGCGAGGAGCCGCCAAAGAAGGAGGCCCCAUACUCGCUCGUGGGCUCUAUCAUCGAGCCUGGGCUGGGCCUCCUAUCCUGGUGGACCAACAGUUAGUCCGACCCAGGCUCUGGUGCCUGCCCCAAGUCUCGGAAACCAGCAGUGGAGCAGAUGCUGAGGAGUCUGCAACCCCCUGAGCUGGCCUGGGUGGGGACCAGGAGCACCACCAGCCACCCUGCCCUCUGUCCUGUGCUGAUUCUCCCAGAGGAAACCCUUGAAGUGCUGCUGUCCUUAUGGACUUUAUUUUUGCAGAUCUAGGGACUGAACCCUCUGGCACUUGCACAUAAUAGGCAUGUGCUCUACCACUGAGCUAUAUCCCAGCCCUUUUGGAGUAACUGCUCAAGAUGGUCUCAAACUGAGAUUCUCCUGCCUCAGCCUCCUGAAUAGCUGGGAUUAUAGGCAUGUGCCAGAUAGCAGAGACAUUUAAUAAACAAUGACAACAUCAGCAAGGAAGGGCCACACUCCCUUGUCCCAACAGCCAAUAUGACCUAAGGUCACUAAAUGAAUCGCCAAGAUAAGAUGGCCGCUGUCACUUGGAGAUAAUCACCAACCCCCAGUGUAAAACCGGGGUUGCGUUGCUUCUCUGCCUUUUGGCUAAGAUCAAGUGUAAACCUGGGGUUUGAGAUUCAGGCUGGCCUUUGGGCUGGCUGAGCUCACUACUUCUAGCCCCAGUGGAUGCCAACUGACCAGAACAUAGAGGCACCACCUUCCCACACCAUGUGGAUGGAGUCAGACAGCCCUGGAGGGCGAGGCUCUGGGAUUUGCUGGCUCAAGGUGGAGGAUGACGACACCCAUGUCCAGGCUCAGAGCACGGCAGGAACCACAUGGCACAUCAGUGCCUGGGGUAGGAGAUGGGGACAUGGCACGGGGCUGCAGGUGGAUCAGGACCAGAGGUGACAGAUUUCCGUUGCUGCAGUGACCCUCCCUGAACCCUAGAGGUGACAAACAGCAGACACCAACCACUCUUACAGGAGCAGUCAAUGUUAUUUUUUUUGCAAGAACAAAAGGUUCUAUGAGCUCCUUCAGCCACGUUCAGGCAGAAUAAAAACUAUACAGGGGAGUGUCCUUGUCAAAAAUAAAUACAGUUGCACAGGGCCACCCAAGACCAGAACCGAAAUGAAUGCAGGAGAGCAGGGGCUGGACCUUGGGUUGCUGGCUGGUGGGUCAGGAGAGGGCAGGAAGCUGGUCUGGUGGUGCCACGGACAGGGCGGCCCAGCGCUGCUCUUCUAGCAGAACCGUAGGUGGCAGGGCGGCGGUGCAGGCUGUGUCCUCACUUCUGCAGCUCCUUCAUCCUGUUCAGGGCGCUGCCCGCGCGGAACCACUCUAUCUGGGUCUCGUUGAAGGUGUGGUUCAGCAGGAUGUUCUCCUGCGUGCCAUUCGGGUGCUUGAUGACGCACGUGAGGGGCUGCAGGGGAAGCGGGGUGGGUGGGGAGAGGCAGCAGUGACUCCCCAUUCUGAGGGCUGGCUCCACCCCAGCUCUCCGAGGCACCAUCUAGGAGUGUCCUGGAGAACAGGAGGGAUGCAAGGUGGCCCUGGCCAGCCCACCCUCCUUCCUGGGUCCCAAACCUUGCCCGGGGUGAAGUCCUUGAGGCCCUGAAUGGUCAGCUUGUCCACGGGGUGGAUCUUGUUGUAGUCGGCGGGGUCGGCAAAGGUGAGGG